AAAUGCUCUCGACUCCGUGGUCAAGCAUGGAAGCAUCUGCGUGGCUCGAGUUCAUUCAAUUUAGCUGGAUUUCAUUGUCAUGUUUUUGCUCAGCAGGAUCAGGCUUCCGCAAGCUUCCCAAGGCGAGAGUUCUUCAUUAUGGAUGAAAUUACUGCCCAGAAUUUAAAAAAGAUGGCUUUCUUAAUCCAUAGCAAGCAAAUUUGACGGUUGAUUCUUCGCACCCAAUUCCCAUACUUCAAGAUGUUCGAUAUCGAUUUAUCGAACGAGGAACGCCUGGCUCUUCUAGAUUCGGAUACGAAGACUUACGGAAGUUCCGCAUCAGACGAUGGUGAAAAGGGUGCCAGUAUCGAAUUAUCCAAAAAAACUCGCAAUGACCAAGCCGAUGUUGAUGAUGGUGUGAGUGUUGACAGUGCUCAAACCAAAAGCUAUUUAUCCAGAUUGCUCGCAAAUCCAUGCGGUGAUAAUCCCAAAGGUAUAGACAAUGUCACAUUAAUUCUCGGAGCUUUAUUAACAUGGGCCUUCCUGUAUACCAUACUUCGCGAAGAAGUCGAGCCACCAGGAGGGCAACUCUUCAAGUUGAUUUUAUUAAUGGUCCUGAGUCAAUUUUGCGGCUGGUUAAUUUCAUUUCUGCACUUGCCUCCUUUACUGGGGAUGUUACUGUGUGGCAUAGCUCUGCGAAAUGUCGGUUUCUUUCAUUUAACUGGCGUUUAUACCGAUAUUGUUGUGAGCAUAAGAUCUAUAUCGUUGGGGGUAAUAUUACUGAAAGCUGGUCUGGGCCUAGAUGCAUCUGCUCUUAAAAGACUGAGUUUUGUAGUAGCUCGUUUAGCAUUACUUCCUUGUCUCGUUGAAACCGCUGGGAUAGCAGCAGCUGCGUAUUUAUUGAUGAACAUGUCGUGGACUUCGGGAGUAUUACUCGGUUUCGCAUUGGCCUCAGUCAGUCCUGCUGUAGUGGUUCCUUCUUUAUUGGUUCUGAAAGAAAAAGGGUACGGUGAAAAUAAAGGGAUAUCUACGUUGGUCAUUGCUGCCUCAACUAUCGACAAUAUUACCUCUAUUUCUGGAUUUGGAGUAGUACUGAAAAUGCUGUUUUCUCCUGGUGAUUUGUUAUCCAACAUCUUGCAAGGUCCACUCGAAGUUCUUAUUGGUUUGGUGGUUGGAUUAGGGUGGGGGUUCAUUUCAGCCUGUAUUCCUCAUCGUAAUGAGAAUCAUUUGGUGGUUAAACGUUCCAUUAUGGUUGGCGGAGGUGGACUCGUAUGUGUCCUCGGUGGUCAAAUGUUUGGUUAUUCGGGGUCUGGAACGUUAGCGGCGAUCAUUUCAUCGUUUUUGGCAUCCCUAUGUUGGAAAUGGCAAGGAUGGUCGAAUAAUUAUAAUCCAGUUGGAGAUAUUUUUGGUAAAAUGUGGCUCAUUCUUCAGCCCUUGUUUUUUGGAUUAAUUGGCACCGAGGUGAAAUUAAACGCUAUCGAUGUGAAUUUAGUUUUGCAAGGAACGGCAAUCAUAGGAUUUGGCUUACUUGUUCGUUCGAUUACAUGCGGUAUGAUGUUAUUUGGAGCCAAAUUGAACCUGAAAGAAGUAUUUUUCGUUAUUUUAGCCUGGUUACCUAAAGCAACAGUUCAGGCUGCUCUCGGACCACUGGCUUUAGAUAUGGCUAAAAAAACCCACCAAGACGACGCCAUUCCCUGGGCUCAAAAUAUACUCACCAUCGCUAUACUUUCUAUCGUCAUUACUGCUCCAAUCGGUGCUGUGGGUAUUUCAGUCGGAGGCCCGAAACUCCUCAGUAACCAGCCACCAAAUAAAAAGUAUCCGAACGAGUUGCCUGUUCAAAGGACCAAAGAUGAAGAAAGAGUUUAAUUAAUAGUGUCGGGCUUGAAAACACAAGCGGGAUAUGUUGAAGCGCCUUUAAUUUUGCGUACUUACGUAUUUUUAAAAAAUAUCUGUGAUACAUAUUACUCGUAUUUGAAUUCUUAGGAAUUCUGCAAUACCUAUUAUUUUUAUGUUUGUUUCGUUCGAGAGGACGAGUGAAUUGAAUGAAUCGUUGGGGUGAAAAUUCAUUUUAAAAAACGCGUUCAAUUUUUUUUUUUUUGGGGGGGGGGGGUCACUCGAUGGGUGAGUUUGUGAGCAGGUAAGUUUGAAAGGCCUUUUUGCUUAUUUCGAGCUAUAUCCAACAAAAUUUUCUAAACGCUUUUUUGAAUAUGUAAAUCAUUUUAUGGGUGAAUUGGUAACUUGAGAAGUUUAGAUUGUGUAAAAUAGUAGAAUUGAGUUCUCGUGAGUGGGACUGGUGUCUAAUGUGUUAAUUUAUUCCAUGGAUCCUCGCCUAAAUGUUUUUGAAAACAAAUUAAGUACGGUUUUUCAAAAAGUUCAAGCACGGAUUUCAGUGCUCAGUUAUAAGUUACGUGAUGAAAUUUUGUUCAUAUCGAGAAUUGUUACCUUAUUUCGAAUAGAUUUGCUCAAAGUCUCGAUAAUAAAGUGUUUUUGCACAAAUACAA